GUCAGUUCAAGGCCAAUUCAAGUCGAUAUCUUUGAGAAUUAUGUCUUUAGUUUUAUCAUCAUUAAAUGUCCAGACAGUUCUUGUAGGAAUAGUAGUUAUACUUUUAGUGUAUAAACUCUGUCAAAGAUGGAAGUAUAAGCUACCACCAGGACCAUUUGCUUGGCCAGUCAUUGGGAAUUAUGAAGUUAUUAGAGCAAAGUUUCUACACGAAAUAUUUGCAACGUAUAUAAAGACUUAUGGACCUGUCUUUACCGUUCAAUUAGGACCAUUCCAGAUGGUUGUCUUAAAUGACAUUGAGUCAGUAACAGAGGCCUUGGUAAAAAGAAAAGCUGACUUUGCUAACAGACCUUAUCUACCAUCACUCGUCAAGUUCUCAAAUGGUAGAAAAAAUAUUGUUUUCGCAAAUUAUACACCAACAUGGAAAUUACACAGGAAAAUUGCAGGAAAAGCUUUCAGUACAGAGUUAGAUGACCCGGAAUUCCAACACCUCAUGAAAAUAGACAGGGAAUUUACUGAAAUGAUCGGAAAGGGUUUUGUGGAAGACAUGUUUCCAAUUAUGCUUAAAAUCUGGACAACCCAAAAAUACAGAAAAAUCACGGAAAUAUUUGAAGAAACCACAGAGAUUUUUAGACAGAAACUUAAAGAGCACGAGAAAUCGUUUAAUCGAGAUAACAUCCGAGAUUUUACUGACUCACUGAUUUUAGCAAGACAAGAAGCAGAAGAUGAGGAAGACAAAGAAGUUAUAUCACAGUUAACGGACACACAUCUCGUACAGACCUUAUCAGAUAUAUUUGGCGCUGGUAUUGAUACUUCAAGAAUCACUUUGUAUUUUGGUGUAUGUUACAUGGCUGGAUUACCCGAGAUACAAGCAAAAGUUCACGAGGAGAUAGACAGAGUAGUUGGCAAAAACAGAUUACCAGGUGUGAGUGACAGAGAAAAUCUAAGUUUCACAGACGCUACGUUACAUGAAGUCAUGAGGCUUGGAACGGCUGUUCCAGUUGGAAUACCACAUUCAACGCUAUGUGACUCAAAAGUCGGUGGAUAUGAUGUCCCUGAGGACACAAUCGUAAUGAUCAACCACUGGGCUUUACACCAUGAUCCUAACUAUUGGAAAGAUGUUGAUAAAUUUGAUCCAACAAGAUUCCUAGAUGAAAAAAACAAACUUGCCAGGAAGCCAGAAAGCUGGCUACCAUUCUCAGCAGGAAGACGUGUCUGUUUGGGCGAAAGUGUUGCUAAACCUGAGCUACACAUUAUGUUUGCUUCAAUUAUGCAACGUUUUAAGAUAUCACUGCCGGAAGGUACAACUCCAGAAUUAGAGAUUGCUGGAGGAGGGACUGUUGCCCAGCCUGCUCCUUUCAAAAUCAUUGUUGAAGAACGAAAAUAAGGAUAUAAUUUUAAAAAUCGACAUUUGUAAAGUGUGAAGAAUACUUUUAUAUUAAAUGCUAAUAUCUUU